UUUGCUGUAGUCGGGGACUCUUCACAAAGGAGACCAAUAUGUCAAACAGUUUGGAAAAAUAAACAACGCUUUGAUUAUCUAAUUUACCAAGAUGCCAUCAUCACCGGUCGUUGCUUAUUCGUAUGAUCCAGACGUGGGGAAUUUUCAUUAUGGACCUGGACAUCCGAUGAAGCCACAGAGGAUCGCCCUCACCCACUGCCUUGUGAUGCACUAUAACCUUCACAAGAAGAUGCAGGUGUACCGCCCAUACCAAGCGUCUGUGCACGACAUGUGCCGCUUCCAUUCCGAAGACUAUAUAGACUUCUUAAAGAGAGUCUCCCCACAGAAUGUACAGAACUUCACGAGGCAGCUCAGCAUGUUCAACGUUGGAGAUGACUGCCCAGUGUUUGAUGGUAUCUAUGACUUCUGCUCCAUGUACACUGGCGCUACCCUGGAAGGUUCCGUUAAACUCAACAAUAAUGAUUGUGACAUAGCAGUGAACUGGUCAGGUGGUCUUCAUCAUGCCAAGAAAUAUGAGGCGUCAGGGUUCUGUUAUGUAAAUGACAUUGUCAUAGGGAUCCUUGAACUGCUCAAGCACCACCCGCGAGUGUUGUAUAUAGACAUUGACAUUCACCACGGAGACGGGGUGCAGGAGGCGUUCUACCUGACUGACCGCGUGAUGACUGUAUCCUUCCACAAGUUUGGGAACUACUUCUUUCCUGGGACAGGAGACAUGUUUGAGAUAGGUGCAGACUGUGGGCGCUACUACUCUCUCAAUGUGCCACUACGUGAGGGCAUGGAUGACGCCAAUUACAUGAGUGUGUUCAAGCCAGUUAUACAGCAGGUUCUAGAAUACUACAAGCCAACAGUCAUAGUGCUACAGUGUGGGGCAGACUCAUUGGGCAGUGACAGACUAGGGUGCUUCAACCUCAGCAUUAAGGGACAUGGUGAAUGUGUACGUGUAGUGAAGGAGUUUGGCCUGCCUCUGCUUGUGCUUGGUGGGGGUGGCUACACGAAGAGGAACGUGGCCCGCUGCUGGACUUACGAGACUGCGGUCAUCCUCAACGAGGAAAUCAGUAACGACAUACCAUAUAAUGAAUAUCUGGAAUAUUUUGGUCCUGACUUUGUUUUACACCCUGACAUCUCAACGAAACAAGAGAAUCUCAACACUAAACAGUACCUGGAGAGCCUACGUCAGAUGGUGCAUGAGAACCUGAAGCAGGUGGCAUUCUCCCCGAGCGUGGAGAUGCAGGACGUGCCGCCAGACCUCCUCUCCUUUGACAACACGGAGGAGCCAGACCCAGACAUCCGUAACUCACAACAAGACCAGGAUAAGAGAAUUGAAGCAAACAACGAGUUCUAUGACGGGGAUAAAGACAAUGACAAGGAAAACGACGGCUUCCUCGAUGUUUGACAACGGUUUGUGAGGAUAGGACAGGGUGAAAAUUUGGAAUUGUGUGGCUGGACCAGCAUAACAGGACAAAUAGCAGCAGGAAAAGUUACCUAUAUAGUGCAUGUGUAACGUUUCCAGGAAAAUUCUUGUGUAAUGUGUCUCCAGUAUGGAAAUAUUGUAUUGUGUUUGUGUGUCGUAAGAUGAUCUCAACACUAAGGGAGAGGUGUGAAGUUUCUGCCUUCACAUUCAUUAACAUGUUUCAGAUAUCAUUCAUUUAAUUUGAACAAUUUACUACAUUUUCUAUCUGGUGCAAUAUAACCCAAGUACAGAGAGUAGGUCCUAGCAGGCCUGUUUGAAAAAAAAACAACAACACUUAUUUUGAAGGCUUAUCAUAAAAAACAACAACACAGGACUGUAGCAUACUUGCUUAAUUUGGCUGUUCAGCUAAAGUUUGACUGUUUUACUGUACAGGAAUAUGACCUAACACAGCAUCAUGAGGGAUCAUAAAGGUAUUACUUUUGGUGUCAGUCUAUUCAAGUUAGCAAAAUAUUGUGCAGGCAAUAACUAUAGAGUAUUUAUUAUGAAGCCACGGUGAAACUUGGUGACAUUGUUUUUGGGCCUAAUGUCUUGGUCAAGUUAAACUGUGGGUGAAAUUGUCUCAGUAACCCUCAGUGAUUCCCCCAUUGCAUAAAGGAAUGGUAGGCUCAUGUCAUCACGAUUAAAUUGACAGUGGUUGUAGGCAUGAUGUUUGAUGAAAUUUGAUCAUUAAAUAUAUUGCUCAAGUUACACCAGAGUUAUGCCCCUUUAGUAAUCAAAUACAACUGGCUUAUUAUGGUUGGAACAGAGUUAUGCCCCUUAAGUAAUCAAAUACAACUGGCUUAUUAUGGUUGGACCAGAGUUAUGCCCCUUUAGUAUUCACAUACAACUGGCUUAUCGUUGGACCAUAGUUAUGCCCCUUUAGUAUUCAAAUACAACUGACUUACUACAAGGUCUUGCUUCUGUUACAUUAACAUUUGUAUUCGUUUGACUUAGGUGGGCACCCAAACAGGCAGUGAUGCAACCAUUUCAAUUUUUUUAAACACUUAUAAAGGCCAAGUAUCACAGAAAUAUGCUCAACUGUACAAUAUUUGUGUUGUAAGUCUGUAAUAUGAAAUGUAGAUCUGUCUGUCUGAAUAAAAAGAAACAUCAGUGGAAAAUAAUGUUUUAUUUUUAUUAUCAUAAUUACAAUGCAGGUAUGGAGCAUUAAACAUAAUGAUAUUGCUAGCCAGGUGGAUAGUUAGUUACAUGGUAGGAAUAACAACACACAGACUCUAGUCUAGAUAGUCAAAACGCUGUAGGACAUCAGGCUUCCUUAAAUUUGAAUCAUUUAUAUCAAAACACUAUGAAAUAAAUACCAUAUAAUACAGGAAUAUGUAUUUUCAAAGAGGUCCUAAUUUAAAGAGUGUACAUUACUUCUGAAAUAAUAGGAUUUAUGUGUAAUAUAUGACAUAUGAAUAAAACAUAACUUGA